AUGGCGCACAAAGUUGACCACGAGUAUGACUACCUAUUUAAGAUAGUGCUGAUAGGGGACUCCGGCGUCGGCAAGUCCAACAUCCUCUCGAGGUUCACGCGAAACGAGUUCUGCCUCGAGUCAAAGUCCACGAUCGGCGUUGAAUUCGCCACCAGGACGCUUCAGGUGGUUUUUUUUUUUUCCAGAUACGCAGUCGAUCUGAGUUCUCAACGCUCUGUCCGUGUAGAAAUUUGAUUCAAUUGAUGGAUCCGCGAGUCAAUCUAUUCGUCACAUGAUAUUUUUUCUUUUUAGUUCAUCUCUUAUUGAAGGCGAUGGCCUGACUUUUGUUUGAUAUGGCUCACGGACCUUUUUCGGCGUAAUUCGUCACUUGUUGGCCUUUAACUUAUCAGGCUUGAGAGUCAUGCUUUAAUCUUUCUCUGAAUUCGCCUUCUGUACUUCAGAUAAUAGCGCACCUAAAUUAGCCUUAUAUUCGACGCUAGACCGUCUACUGUAACUUUUAUGGGUUCUGUAUAGUCAUAUGCAAAGAAGAUGAAAAAAAUUUGAAAACUAUGCAGCCAAUAUUCUUCACGAAUCCAACGUUUCUAGAUUCCUUUGAUUCUGUGUCUAUUGCCAUUGAAACAGUAUGGAGGUAGAAACUGAAUCAGCACGACGUUGAUUUAACCUCUUUUUCAUUGUCACACAUCAGAAGGUACUCGUUAUUGAGGUUUUUACAAAAUGACACCACAGGCUGUUCAAGUCUUUUGAUAUAAAUGCGGGCACGUAUUUUCAGUUAUCUUCCGUGAUUCUGUUGUCUGUCUUUUUCUGUCAAAUUUCCACGAAAGAUGGCUUACCAAUCGACCCCUUUUUUUCUGAUUAUCAAUGGGUAGGAUUUACAAUGGUUGUUGGUUAAUGUUCGAACUGUUGCGGAUUGAACCGACCUUGCAAAUAAUUAAAUUAUUUUUGAACUCAUCGUCGGAUGCUAGAUUGUGCGUCAGUAAGAAUACAGAGGUCAUGUACUCUCUACGAAGUUAUUUCCAUUUGAAACUGUUCCUGACGAUGAAGUAUCUAAAAAAUAAAACAUUUUACAAAUGACAGAACUUUUGAAUUGUUUCAUAGUGCCUUUUUUUAUGAGGGACUGAAAUUGACUUUGAGAAAGAUGAACGUAAAAGCAUGCAAUUGGUGCUGAUUAUGCCAGGAUCGAUUCACCGAAUAAUCGUCUCCCAUUAUUAGAACGUCGUUUCAAGUAGUACUCUUCUUUGGAUGUUAUUGUCAGAGCGUGUCAACUGUGCAGUCAUUUAAUCAUCAUAAUUUCUGCUGUUCUGUGUUUCAUAAAUAGUACUCGAGUGCAAAGAUAGUAUGAGGUAUGGCUGCAGUACAGCAAAGAGUGUCCAGUCUUUUUUCCCAACAGUCUCUUGAGCUUGGAUGUGGAAUCUGUUCAACUUUUAUAUUUUGUCCAUCGUAGUUUCCUUGAUUUUGGUAUCUAUGAAAGAUCGUGCAAGAACUUGGCUCCCAGAAAUGAUACCGGGGAAAACUUACUAUACGCAUAUGAGUACAUUGUCAAUAUAAUUGUCGAUAUGGAGCACUGUUGACUGAUGAGCAUCUGUUAAACAUCACGAGAUUUUUUCUUUGUUUGCUUUGGAUCGUGAUUUCAAUACUGAUAAAACAGGGACUUGUUUACUGUAUGGGUUGUUCAACAGGUGGACGGGAAGACCAUCAAGGCACAGAUAUGGGACACCGCCGGGCAAGAGAGAUACAGAGCCAUAACCAGUGCUUACUACAGGGGUGCGGUGGGUGCUCUCCUGGUCUACGACAUAACGAAGAGGCAAACCUUCGACAACGUCCAGAGGUGGCUACGCGAACUGAGAGACCAUGCAGACUCCAACAUCGUCAUCAUGAUGGCCGGCAACAAGUCUGAUCUGAACCACUUGAGAACCGUUCAAGAGGAGGACGGCAGGACGCUGGCCGAGAAGGAAGGGUUGUCCUUUUUGGAGACAUCGGCCCUCGGGGCCGUGAACAUUGAAGAGGCUUUCAAGACGAUACUGACCGAAAUAUAUCAUAUAAUCAGCAAGAAGGCCCUGGCUGCCCAGGAGGCGGCGGCGGCGGCGGCCGGCCCGCCGGGUCAGGGCACCACCAUCAACGUCUCCGACGUCGGAAGCGGCGCCAGGAAGGCCUGCUGUUCUACGUAG